UUAGUAAUAAGACUUAUUUGUACAUAAGUAGAGAUUUCUUUCAAAAAAUUUAGUCUCAAACUUUUGGAUUAAAUCUUCAUUUCUUCGCUUUGGCCCGAGCUUUUCGGAGCCAUUGAAAAAUCUUAAUUUACACCGGCUUAGUUUAGACGAAAUGAGUGAAAACGUAUCUAAAAGUGAUAGUGGAACACCAGCCAAGAAACUGAAGCCAGAUGAAGCAGUUCAAUUACUUUUUUCUUUGGAAAUAAAAGAAGACCGUCCUAGUAUUUUCGAAUUGAAUAUUGAUUGUUUCGAUGAAAUCUUUGAUUACUUGUCAGCAAAAGAUUUGUUGGCCCUCAGUUGGACAUGCAGAACAAUACAACAAGUGGUCGGUGAAUAUGCCAAAGCGAAUUAUUUGUCGGCGGCAAAAUUUGAUGAAAGUGAUGUCGUUCAUCAAGUGUUCUCUUGUGAUGGAACAGAAUAUGCAGAAACACCUAGUUUCAACCAAUUCAUCAAACAUAUUUCUCUCAACGGAAACCAAUCCAUUCGUUACAUCGAACGUUAUGCUUCAACUUUCACUUCAGUCAGUCAUCUGUCUCUUGAAGCUGUCGAAUUAACACCUCACCGGCUCCACUGCAUGCAACACAUUUUGAACACAUUGGAAAUCGUUGAAUUGAAACAUUGUUCAUUAAAAUGCAGCUUCUACGAAUCGUGUCUGAAAAAUUGUGCGAAUUUAAAACGUUUGUAUGUAUCAUGUUCUAACGAGGACAUAGUUCAAGCAUCCGAAAAUGAUUGGUUACUUACGGAAUAUUCCAAGCUUGAGCAUUUGGGAUUGAUUCCAAGGAGACGAUUGAGAUUUAACAUGAAUGAACUCAGCCGAUUCUUCGAGUUAAAUCCAAAAGUUCGUAGUUUUUCAACCAGUUAUCGAUUUCUUUGGGAACAUCAAGUUGAAUUUGCCGAGAAAACAAUCCAAUUGGACGCGCUGGAUGUGAUCGUUCAUCAAAAGUUUGGAAUGAUUGUGCAUAUUGAAUCGAUAUUUAAGUUGCUCAACGAAUUGUAUGAUCGCGGUUUUUAUAAGAAAUUGCAUCUGCGUGUGCCGGAGAUCAAUGAACAAUACACCAAUCGAAUGGUAUCACUGCAAGGGCUUGAAAAAUUGUUCAUCAAUUUUCUCGAUCGAAAUUAUGGAUUACCAUUGGUUGGCAAUUUGAAAGAAUUGACAAUUAUGCACGCAACACCAAGGGUUGAUAUGGACAUUUUGGCACAGAGACUCACUAAUUUGGAACGGGUUUGCCUUGGAACAUCAAUUUAUGGUGAUGUUUUAGCAUUCGUUCGAUAUGCAUCCAAAUUGAGUACAAUUAUUCUGAAAUGUCAAAAUGAAGCGUUGAACCAGUCCGCGUACAGAAACGAGCUCAUUUUCAAUGCAUCGGCGUUGAAUGAAGAACGUAAAAAACUGAAAAAUGCACGCAAAGUUACGAUUUAUGUGCCAGACGAUGUCUUUGUUUCUUUUAAAUGGGCUACCACGAAUGGAGAUAUGGACGGAAAAUGUGUUCGAAUAAAACGAUCGGAUUCAUAUCGAUUUUGAGUUUUUCUAAUUUUGUCACUAAUGGUUGAUUGUAAGACUGUAAGUACUUCCUGUUUGUGGCUCUGGCAAUACCACGAUGAAAACGAACACGGAUGAACGGACCCAUACAACUUCAACACAUCAGGAUCUGUCAAGCAGCCACAUUCAAUUUUGCAUCAUUAAGCUAUUUAGACACGCUAUCCGAAAGUACUUCGAUUCACAGACAAAUUCAAAAUAAGUAUUAUUAUUUAACUAUUAAAAGUUCCAUUUCUACUGAAAAUUCAAAACGUGCAUCCAUCAUUAUUAUAUCAUAAACACAAACGAUCGAGUCUAGCCAAAACAUUUGAAGAAAAUAUUGGAGUAAUUUUACGAUUGAGCAUACGAUGUCGGUCUUCAAUCCAUUAACUAGCAAUUAUUCAACUCAACUAUUCGCUGCCAUCGGAAAGAAGUUGUACAUGAACUCUGAAUCGGCCGAUGUUCAUUUUGUCUUCGAAUCAAACGAUGACAUCGAACGAGUGCCAGCACACAAAGCUCAUUUGAUGGUCGGCAGCGAUGUCUUUGCCAAAAUGUUCAAUGGGUCAUGGAAAGAAAUGGAUAAGGUAAAAAUUGGCGAUGUUUCGGCUUCUGCUUUCAAAGAAUUCCUUCAGUUUUUCUACGUUGGUCAAGUCAAGCUGACGAUGGAAAACAUCGCUGCAGUGAUGAAUCUCGGUGAAAUGUACAAUGUGACCGAGUGUUUGGCAGUGUGCACCAAAUUCCUGAAAAAUAAUCUCAAUGAUGAAAACGUCUGCAGUAACUAUGAACUGGCAAUCUUACUCAAUCAAGAAGGAUUGAAAAAGGCAUGUGAAAUUUUCAUUGGAUUGAAUAUCAAAGCAGUGUUCAAGUCAACAGACUUCCAGACAUGCGAUCGAAAGAUGUUGGCUCAAAUACUGAAGUUAAAUUGGAUGUCAUGCACUGAGGUCGAUCUUUUCGAGGCAUGCAUGUCGUGGGUCAAAGUGGCGAGCAAGCAGGAUGUUCUAACCAAGGAGACCGUACAAGCUCACCUCGGCGACUUGUUUCAUGAAAUUCGCUUCGGAUCGAUGUCACUUCAAAUGUUCGCUGCACUGAUUCCAACGUAUGGCAGUACAUUUUCGCUUGACGAGCACCAGGAAAUCAUUCAAAUGAUCGCAGACCCAACAUUCCAAUCAACUAUCUUUAAUGGAAAUCGUUUGGAAAGGUGCAAUACUUUGGAUCUAUUGCACGAAAGUAAUGAGAUUUUCUGUGGACGGUUAAUUUCGAAUUAUUAUUCAUCUGAACCAUAUAAAAUCAAAAACAUAGAAACGACUGUCUUCUCGACCAACGAAUCUCUUUUACUUCGAGCGAUCGGAUGCGGUAAUAUACAAGCAAUUGUCAACAAGCGAUACUUUGUUCUUAAUGAUGGUGUUCCAACUAAAAUAACAAUCGUGGAAAAGAGCGAAACUAACAACGAAGUUAUUGUUUUCAAUGCGAAUGGAAUUCUAAAUUCUAGAGAAUUUGUCCGUAUUUCCCUAACUAAACCAAUUCGUGUUAAAUCUGGUUUUACGUAUGAAAUUCGAUUGGAACAAACUUCGGAAAACUGUUACACAGGCGGACUAUUAAAAUCGAGUGUAGAAUUGGAGUCCGGAAUAAUUAUACAGUUCCAUCGCGAUUCCGUUCUUGAGAAGGAUCCAACAGUAGCAAGAGGAUUAAUUUAUAGCCUGUUUUUCCAAAAAAUUUGAUAGCAAUAAUUGCACGAAAUAUUUUUUCAAACAUUGGAAUAAUAAAUCAAACAAACAUUUAAAAAUUC